AUGGCAAUUACUACUACAAAAAAGAAAAAGAAAUUGAUCUACAAACAGGACUCGGAUGGAGUAUUCAGAUUGAAAAAAAUAGACGAUAAUUCUGAUAAUGUAUCUACAACAAGUACUGAAUUAUUGGAACAGAAGACAAAAGUCGACGACUAUCUAAAUGAGUUGAUGGACUGUUCCUAUACAAUUGUUGAAAAGGACCCUCUGCCGCCUGAAAUUGAAAAGGCUAAAUCGGGAACAGCAGAAACAAUCUCACUGACUAAUAUCAGUAAAAAGCCGAAUGAUAAAGAUCAAACUGAAGUGAAACAAAAAACAAAAAAAAUCAAACCAACAGUACAUAACACAUCUUCGAAAAACUUGAUAUCUUCAUCAACACAGUCACCUUCAGCAACAACAACAACAACAACCCCAACGACAACGACAACUGAAACAAAGUCUCCAGAUAAAAAGGAUAAAGAGGCUGAAACAACACCAAAACCUAUAAAAAAAAAAUCAAAGUUUUUAACGUUUAUGACCCAUCUCAAAGACGCCGGGCAGGAGGCUACGAGGUUUCAUCCACUGAGCUUUCUAGUAGGUGUAAUAUCUACUGCAAUCGCAAUUACUUACAAAAAGCAACUAACAUCACUUAUAGUUGGGUUGGUUGUGAUAUGUCUUGUUCUUGGAGUAAUACUAGGUAUAAUAAUUCUGGCAGCGCUACAUUUUGAUUGGAUGAAGCAAAAGGACAUUAAAUUUGUUGAUCAAAUAUUAACAUUCUUACAAACAAAACUUAAUAUCGCAAAAUUCGAAAGUUCUGUUGCUGGUGAGGACACGGAGAUAACUAAAAGUUAUAGUGCUGCCGGAACAGAUGUAAGCAACAAGCACGCAGAAGAAGAAGAAGAACAAGAAGAACAAGUAGCUAAAGAGGAUGAAAAGCAUACCGAGGUUACUGGCGCUACCAAGCACGAGUUACCUCAACCUAAACGCAGGCUGUCAACUAUCAGAGUGACUCCUUAUAGAUACGAACGGCCCUUUUCAGCCCCAUAUACAACCAAAAUCGCACACAAACAGGAACGUUUUGGCAAUGUCCCUAAAUUGUUUACACGGCCCAGCACCUCUUCUUCUUCUUCUUCGCAUUCGCAUUCGCAUUCGCAUGAUGUGCGUGAUGUGCCUGCAUUGAGGAGAUUAAAUACAGAACCAACGCAAAUGCUGCAGCAGCAGAUGCGAGUUAAUAGCAAACAGCGACUGCCGAAGACUGCUUCAAGUGAAGGUUUUCCGAAACGGUAUAAAAACGGUCCAGUAGAUUCAGGUGGAUCGGGGGCAGAAUCGGGAUUGGGAUUGGGAUCAGCUCCUAAUAUUGCUGCUGCUGUUGCUUCUCUAAAACAAUUGCCUAUAUUACCUGCACAGUCAGAGGAACUACCUUUGAUAAAUGAAGUAAAAUUGGUCGAUUCACUCACCCACUUAGAUGGAUACGAAAGUGACGGUGCAACCACAGUUACAAGACAAGAGUCCAUCUUGGGAACAAGAGCGAAUUAUAAAAAGUUUGUAGCCAAUGUAGGUCGCUAA